AUGUUCGGCACAACAUCAAAGCUCCUAUCGAGCUUCGCCAAGCCCGCAUUUGGCUCUGUCCGCUCACCCUCCACACUUCUCACAAGCACAUUCAGCGCAGCACGAUCCUUCUCAUCAUCCAAUAUCGCACAGAAGAGCCCACGGACAAAACACCUCGCACAGCAUGGGAGCGGCGGCAAGCCAAAGUCACACUCGGGUACAAAGAAGAGAUGGACGCCGUUGGGUGGAGGUAGCGGAAAGGCAUACCAGCUUACUUUCAAGCGUGGUAUGGCGGGGAAGGCGCAUUUGAACUCGGGUAUGGCAAGGGAUAGGCUCAACAACCUUGGCGGUACCGUGCUGAGCCCAAGAGGAAGGAUCAACAGGACGUUGAGGAGGUUGUUGGGUCCAAGCCUUUGA